AUGGAAGAGAAAACACUCCUCUGUGCUCUCGUCUUCAUCUUGCUGUCGACGUCGGUGGUGGCGAUCCGGCCGGAGAGGUCCCCGGUGGCGGUGGUGAGGAGAGCUACCCUGGAGAAUGGUCUUGGACUGACUCCACAGAUGGGGUGGAACAGUUGGAAUCACUUUUCCUGCAAUAUAAACGAAGACAUAAUUCGGCAAAUCGCUGAUGCGAUGGUGGAUACUGGCCUUGCAAAGCUUGGUUAUGACUAUUUAAACAUAGAUGAUUGUUGGGCAGCCUAUGCUAGGGACUCCCAGGGUAAUCUUGCCGCAAAUCCAUCAACAUUCCCAUCAGGAAUAAAGGCCCUGGCAGACUAUGUGCACGGGAAAGGGCUCAAGCUCGGAGUCUACAGUGAUGCAGGGUCACGAACAUGCAGCAAUCAGAUGCCUGGUUCGCUCGGAUAUGAAGAGCAAGAUGCAAAAACCUUCGCGUCUUGGGGAGUUGACUACUUGAAGUAUGACAACUGCAACGACCAGGGAUUGAGUCCGCAACCAAGAUAUGUCAACAUGAGCAAAGCACUUCUGAAUUCUGGGAGGGAUAUUUUCUUCUCCCUUUGUGAAUGGGGUGUGAAUGACCCAGCAACAUGGGCAAGUGGUGUAGGAAACAGUUGGAGAACAACCGGUGACAUCCAGGACAACUGGGGAAGCAUGACGGCCAUUGCUGAUGCUAAUGACAAAUGGGCAUCAUAUGCACGGCCUGGUGGAUGGAAUGACCCGGACAUGCUGGAAGUCGGAAACGGGGGGAUGUCAACAGAGGAGUACCGCUCCCAUUUCAGCAUUUGGGCUCUAGCCAAGGCACCUCUUCUGAUUGGCUGCGACAUCCGCUCGAUGAGGAACGAUACCAAGGAAAUCCUCAGCAACCAUAACGUCAUCGCGGUUAAUCAAGAUGCGCUUGGGGUGCAAGGGCGCAAAGUGCUACAAGAUGGAGACCAAGAAGUUUGGGCUGGUUCACUAAGUGGAGGGAGAGUUGCAGUUGUUCUAUGGAACAGAGGGUCUGAUGAAGCAUCCAUCACUGCCAGCUGGAGCAGCAUUGGUCUUAAUGAAUCCACUGUCGUCGAUGCUCAUGAUCUGUGGACCGGUGAGGUUACAUCAUCGGUGCAAGGACAACUGAAGGAGACAGUAGCUACUCAUGCUUGCAAGAUGUAUGUGUUGACUCCAAAGUAG